UGCCAUUGACUUGAUACUUUUUGUUCUACACACCAUGUAAACUCUAGACGCUGAAGUGCAUGAAAAUCCCAGGAAGGUGGCUGUUCCUGAGAUGCUGGAAUAAGAAGAUAUACCAAAUGAAGAUGCUUUUUGUUGGGAGGAAGCUGUGAGCGGAUGCCCCCCCGUCCCCUUCCAUGUCCUGAGCGGGGCGGCGGGGGGCCGGACCAGGCUCCUGUCCGUCACAUGGACGCAGCGUCCCGGCUCCAGUCCUCUCCGAUCUCCAAGUUGCGGGCUGGUCGCCGCUGCGUUUUCUAUUCGGCGUAUUAAACGCUUUUAUUUCACUUUUGCGGUUUUCUCUGGGCAAUUUCUAACCUGGGGACCUGCCAUGUAGUUUGCCCGGAUUAGCGCCGCUUUGCUCACUCUGGGAAGUUUAAAGGAGAAGCAGAGAGGAGCACGGAGGAUGACCGAGGAGGAGCGCGCAGACGGCGGCCGGGACACCGACAGGCAGUUGCGCCUGCGGGUCUGCGUCCUGCGGGAGCUGCUCGGUACCGAGCGAGACUACGUGGGCACGCUGGAGUUCCUCUCGGGCUUUCUGCAUCGCCUCAAUCAGUAUGCAGCCACUAAGGUCGACAAAAACAUCACAGAGGAGACAGUGAAGGUUUUGUUCUCCAACAUCGACGAGAUCCUCGCUGUGCACAGGCCUUUCCUCUCCAUGGUGGAGGAGCUGCUCCAACCCGAGCCUCAUGCUCACCAUGAAGUGGGCCGCUGCUUCCUUCACUUUAGGAGCCGCUUUCAGAUAUAUGAUGAGUACUGUGGAAACCAUGAGAAGGCACAGAGACUUCUGCUGGAGCUCAACAAGAUCCGUAGUGUACGGACGUGUCUGCUGAACUGCAUGCUGCUGGGAGGGAGGAAGAACACAGAGGUACCACUGGAAGGUUAUCUUGUUGCUCCCAUCCAGAGGAUCUGCAAGUAUCCUCUCCUUCUAAGGGAGCUUCUGAAGAGAACCCCGAAGAAGCAGGGCGACCACGCCGCCGUGCUGGAGGCCCUGCAGGUCAUGAAGGCUGUCUGCUCCAGCAUCAACGAGGCCAAGAGGCAGAUGGAGAAGCUGGAGGUGCUGGAAGAGUGGCAGUCACACAUCGAGGGCUGGGAGGGAUCCAACAUCACGGACACCUGCACUGAGCUGCUCAUGCAGAGCGUCCUGCUGAAGAUCUCGGCCGGGAACAUCCAGGAGCGCAUCUUCUUCCUCUUCGACAAUCUCUUGGUCUACUGCAAGAAGAAGAACCGGCGUUUGAAAAACAGUAAGGCGGCUUCUGAGGGCCCACGCUACCUCUUCCGAGGUCGGAUAAACACGGAGGUCAUGGAGGUGGAGAACGUGGACGAUGGCACAGCCGACUACCACAGUAGCGGGAACAUCGUCAACAACGGCUGGAAGAUCCACAAUACCGCCAAGAACAAGUGGUUCGUCUGCAUGGCUAAAACGCCAGAGGAGAAGAAGGAGUGGCUGGAGGCCAUCAUGAAGGAGAGGGAGAGGAGGAAAAGUCUGCGGUUGGGGAUGGAGCAGGACACGUGGGUGAUGGUGUCGGAGAAGGGCGAGAAGCUCUACAACCUGAUGUGCUCCCAGGGUCACCUGAUUAAAGACAGGAAGAGGAAGCUCACCACUUUCCCCAAGUGCUUCCUGGGCAGCGAGUUUGUGUCCUGGCUAAUGGAAAUCGGGGAGACGGAUAACUUGGAGGAAGGUGUUCACCUGGGCCAGGCCCUGCUGGAGAACGGGAUCGUCCACCACGUUACAGACAAGCACCAGUUCAAGGCCGAGCCACUGCUGUACCGCUUCCGUUACGACGACGGGACGUACCACCCCCGCAGCGACAUGCAGGACGUCAUCUCCAAGGGCGUCAGGCUGUUCUGCCGGCUGCAUAGUUUAUUCACGCCGGUGAUCAGAGAUAAGGAUUACCACCUGAGGACGUACAAAUCCGUGGUAAUGGCGAACAAGCUGAUUGACUGGCUCAUUGUACAGGGAGACUGCAGGACCCGAGAGGAGGCCUUGAUCUUGGGGCUGGAGCUAUGUGACAAUGGAUUCAUGCACCAUGUGCUGGAAAAGAGCGAGUUCAAGGACGAGCCCCUUCUGUUCCGAUUCUUUGCGGAUGAGGAGAUGGAAGGCUCCAACACCAAGCACAAGCCCAUGAAGCAUGACCUGAAGGUGGUGGAGAACGUCAUCGCCAAGUCCCUGCUGAUCCGGCCCAGUGACACUGGCUACGGCUUCGCCCUGGAGGACCGGAACCAGGUGCCGAUCGUCAAGUCCGUGGAGAAAGGGUCCAGUGCGGAGAUGGCCGGCCUGGAACUGGGGAAGAAGGUCUUCGCCAUCAACGGUGACCUGGUCUUCCUGAGGCCCUUCCAGGAAGUGGGCAACUUCCUAAAGCAGUGUUUCAACAGCGGCAGGCCGCUAAGGCUGCUUGUCAGCGCCAAACCCCGAGAGACAGUGAAAAUUCCCGACUCAGCAGACGGACUUGGCUUCCAGAUCCGUGGCUUUGGCCCGUCUGUGGUUCAUGCAGUCGGCCGAGGCACAGUGGCGGCCAUCGCAGGCCUGCAUCCUGGCCAGUGCAUUAUCAAAGUCAACGGGAUCAACGUCAGCAAGGAGAGCCAUGCCAGCGUCAUUGCCCACGUCACAGCGUGCCGGAAAUACCGAAGGCCGACGCAGCAAGACACCAUAAAGUGGGUGUAUAACAAUAGUGAGAGUGCCCAGGAGGACCACCAGAGGGCCAAGCAGAAGCCCUCAGCAGAGGAGAACGGGGAGGUGUUUGAGUGCAAAGUGGAAGAGGUCAUGGACAAGUUCAACACCAUCGCCAUCAUCGAUGGCAAGAAGGACCACGUCAGCCUGACGGUGGACAACGUGCACCUGGCAUACGGUGUAGCCUACGAGUACGACAGCACGGCCGGCACCAAGUGCCACGUCCUGGAAAAGAUGGUGGAACCCAAAGGUUUCUUCAGCCUGGCCGCCAAGAUCCUGGAGAUGUUGGCGAGGAGCGACGAGCAGCUGGUGCAGACCUGCAGCCGCUUGAGCUCCGCCCCUGAUCUCGUUCCCGAGGAGCUUCGCAUGGCCUUCACAGCCACCUGUGGCGACAGACUGGAGCAUGUCAACCGCCGCAUCACCAACUAUCGCAAGUUCUCCCGGGUGUUGAAGAAUCGGGCCUGGCCUACGUUCAAGCAGGCCAAGACCAAAGUGUCCCCUCUGCACAGCAGUGACUUCUGCCCCACGAACUGCCACAUCAACAUCAUGGAGGUGUCCUACCCCAAGAUCAGCAGCUCCCUGGGCAGCGCCUUUGGCGUGCAGCUGGACAGUCGGAAGAGCUCCACGCUCGAAAGGACCGUGCACAGCACAGAGCAAGGCAAGCUGAACCCUAUGGCCCACGUGCAGCACACCAUCACCAGCAUGGCGGCGCCAUCAGGCCACAGCCUGGGCCGCCCCGAGGGUCACGGGCUGCGCUUCCUGCUGCGUGAGGACGAGCUGCUGGGCCUCGACGCCUACCAGCGGCUGCUGGGCAAGCUGGCGAGCGUCGUCAGGGAGAUGGAGGGCUGCGCCACGCACAUUCACGAUCUUCUGUCCUCCAUCACACAACCCCCCUCGCCUGACGGGACAGCCCCACCGGGUGACGUCUCCGGGGACAAUGAGGGCGAGAAGGGCGAACGCAACGGCAAGAAGGUGUGCUUCAACAUGGCCGGGGAGGAGCAGGAAGACUCAGGUCACGACACCAUCAGCAACAGGGACUCCUACAGUGACUGUAACAGUAACAGGAACUCCAUCGCCUCCUUCACCAGCAUCUGUAGCAGCCACUGCAGCUCCUAUGUCCACAGCGACGAGAUGGACUCAGGGGACGAGAUGCCUGUCAGCAUGUGGAUUUCCCACGACAAGCAGAAGAAGCUGCAUAGCUUCCUGGAGCAUCUCUGCAAUCAGGUCGACUCCAUUACCAGCAUGCUGAAGGGUGCCGUCGUUGCUCGAGUGUUUGAACAAACAAAGUGUUUCAUGCCAGGACGAGGCCUGCAAGAGUUCCUCCAGGACGCGGAACAGAAGGUGAGCGGCUCCCGGAAGCUGCGGCUCCACGUGAAGCAGGACCCCUGGAACCUGCCCAGCAGCGUGCGGGAACUCACCCAGACCGUCGCCAAGCUGGUCGAAGAGCUGAAGACCCGUCUGAUCCUGGCGCUGCUUCAGUACACGGACUCAGAAAUCCAGCUCCGACGGGACAUGGUCUUCUGCCAGAGCCUGGUGGCGGCGGUGUGUGCUUUCUCAGAGCACCUGCAGGCCGCACUGAACCAGGCGCAGGGCGAGUCGGACGCCGAGGCACAGGAGUCCAGCCGCCUCUGGCUGGAGCAGAUCUCCAGCGUGGGCCUGCUCUUCCACUUCCAGUCCCUGCUGUCCCCAAACCUGACAGAUGAGCAGGCCAUGUUGGAAGACACGCAGGUGGCCCUCGCAGACUUGGAGAAAGUGACCUUCUGCUUCCGGCAGUUUGAAGGCGACCCGCAGGUGGCCAACAUGCCCAUCUCCUACCAGGUGGAAGGAACCAGACAAGCCAUCAAGGUCUGCUUCUACCUGGAGAGCUUCUACUUUGAGGAGCUGCCGCUCAGAUUGAGGAACGGGGCAGGGUUCAAGAUCCACCCGGUACUCUUCACGCAGGCUCUGGAGAGUAUGGAGGGUUACUACUACAGGGACAGCGUCUCCGUGGAGGAGUUCCAAGCCCAGAUCAACGCGACCUCCCUGGAGAAGGUCAAGCAGUACUGCAAAAGGCUGAGAGCCUUCUACCUGGACAAGUCCAACCUGCUUCCCAGCUCAGCACCAAAAGCGGCUUUAGUAGACAAGCUGAUGCGGCCCCUGAACGCCCUUGAGGACCUCUAUCGGCUGAUGGAGAGCUUCGUGAGCUCGCGGCGGACGGCGGCCUGCCAGUUCACAGCCUGCGGCGCGUCUGGGGUGGGGCUGCUCACGGUGGCGUCCGAGCUGUGCGACCGCCUGGGGGCCUGCCACAUUGUCAUGUGCAACAGCGGGGUGCACCGCUGCACCCUCAGCGUCACUCUGGAACAGGCCAUUCUGCUCGCCCGCAACUAUGGUUUGCCUCCACGCUGCAUCAUGCAGGCCACGGACGUCAUGAGGAAGCAGGGAGCGAGAGUCCAGAACUCAGCCAAGAAUCUGGGGGUGCGGGACCGGACCCCAUCGUCGGUGCCCAGGCUGUACAAGCUGUGCCAGCCCCCUCCCCCGGACGGCGAGCCAUAAGGAUGCAGGACCAGGAGGGCAGCAGCGACGGCCCAGGCAGCAGACGGGCCGGCACCGGGCCUGGGCCUCAGGCCUCCGCGUAACAUUGGCUAUCUGGGUCCCCCCCCCUUUUUACAUGCUACCUGCGUGUAACUCUGUAGCGCUUUUACGUUGUCUGUGUGUUCCUCUGCGUUCCAAUUACAUUACAACUCAUGUUAAUUUUGAGUAACUUGGUAUUAAAAAACUAACCUAAAGAAGGACCUGGAUAAAUCUCUGCAUGGUUUUAACAAUCGGCUCAUUCCGGAGUGAGUUCAUGAAGGGAUUUGCUGUAAAUAACUGCUCUGGAUGAGAACACACACCGCAUUUAUUGCGCAUUUCCCGUAACAGUACUCAGUAGCACUUUGAUGUCCUGUUUCCUGUGCUUUCAGUCGUAAUGGGGAUUGUACUGGUGCCCCCUACUGGUAAACAGAUGGAAGCUUGUGGUUGUUCCACAGGUAGAUUAAUGCAGUGCAGUGCAGUGUUUCUCGGGGACGUUGAGACAGUGCAUGUUUUUGCUCCCUCCCAGCUCCCAGUUUUGCUAUUAGUGGAGCAAAAAUAUGGUCUGUCUGGUAGGGAGCCGGGAGCAAAAUGGGGACCUUGUUUGUCCUGCCUUUUAUAACACCAGACUGGACAGGAAGACAAUCUUUUAACUGACAUGAUCUGCUAUGGGGUAACAGUGACGCGGCACUACAGACAAAUGAUGUAGUCAGUGCUCAGCACUGCCAUGUGCCACAGUGUCCUUGUUCCCAAUACCCUCACAUCACAGACACACAAGCAGCCUACCCGGCUCUUUGUGAGAGUCACCUGGUGUGCUAAGAUCUUUACAUACAGAACGAGACAGAUUAUAUACCUACCUGCAUAUAUAUAAUAUAUAGACAUAUAUAGUAGUAUAUAUAAAUAAUGUAUAUACGCAGUAUAUACAUACAGUACUCAGGAUGAAGUGUUUAUUUUCAUUAAAAAAAUACUUGCUAAUCAGUUGUAACCAUUUCCUUAUAGAUUAUUGUAUUACUAUGCAAAUAUAAAAAGGCUGCGUUAACUGCCCUGGUUAAAUCUUCAGUACUGUUAGGCAGUCAUAAUGUUUCAAAUGUAUACAAAUUUAAAUGUCUUAUUGUAAAUCUAAGGUUCUCUUCAGUGUAGCCUCUCUUACUUUAACCUGGGAAAACUUAAAAGCAAAGAAAUGUAAAGAAGACUGUAAAGAGGACUGACAUGUGAAGAUGAGAGUAAUUUAUUUACUUUGGUAAAUUGACCUGAAACUCCUCCUUGCUGUCAUUAAACAAAUGCUUGACUGAACUUAAGCAUUACCCACUAAUCUACGAUCUUACUGUAGUUAUUAAUUUCUAUUAAACAUUUUAAAAGGG